UAACCAAGGCAAUCUUUUAAUUAUGAUUGGUUUUGUGUGUGAUCAGAUAUGAACAAACAAAAGACUUCAUAAUAAAAUAGAAUAAGAGACGAAAGGAAAGAAAAGAUAAAAAAGCAUCAACUUCUGUGUUGCAAGCGUAAGGCUGGAGUUCAGAGAGUUACGUCCCUUGUUCUAACUUUCGUCGAAUGACAAAUUAUAAGGAUUUUAUCGUUUCGGCUCUCUUACCACCACCACCUCCAACACCACCACCACCACCACCACCACCACCAUCACCACUACUACUACUAUUACUACUAUCACUGCUGUUUUUUGCCACUGUUGCUACUAUCACUGCUACUACUGGUACUGCAGCAGCGACGACCACUAUAAAGUUAACGUUUAUAAUUACUACUACUACUACUACUACUACUUUCAUAAAGAACACCACCACGCCGACCGCAUUCCGCGGACUACACGUUGUCCAAUUCGGUGGUUCUCGAUCAUUUGUCACUUUCUGAACGAGGUCAGACUUUUUCCUGGAAAAGAACAAGAAAUCAGUAAAGAAAAGAUUUAGUUUCGAAAGAAUUCGUUUAUAACUUUGUAAUUUCAAAGCUUUCAUAUCGAGUAUCAUGGAUGAUGGGUUACUUGACCCAGCCUAUAUUGUCAGUGAUACCGAAGUGCUGCUACGGGAAUAUUUAAAGAUACGUAAUGCUCAACCAAGCGACGAUGAAUGGGAAGUUGACAGCCCAAUUGUAAAAUCUGACAAACCAAAUAUAUCAACCUGUCAGGAAGUUGGACGCAACUUAGCGCGGAUGGGUAACGAAUUUAAUGAAAAAUAUCAGGAGAAUACCAACUGCGUUCUUGGUGAAUACGAACCUAGUUUAAAUGAAUAUGAUAAUUUCAAAAAAGCUGCCAUGAAAUUGUUAUCAAAAAUUCAAGAACCAGGUCUACAGCUAAUCGCAGUAUUUGAAAUCUGUCACCGAUAUACAUCUACGCACCCACCAUUGACUGAUGGAAGUAUACAGCAUGCUCUAAAUACAUUCGUGAUACUUUCACUUCAGGUGGUAACUGGAAACCAGAAAGAAAUUAAGUAAAUACUACAAACUUCGAUGAUGAGGCAGACAACCUAACUGAAAAAGUGAAUGAAGAAAAUUUUAGAGAAGAAAACCAAGGAGAUGGCCCCUUACUGACUAUUGCUGAGAACAAUGAUAACUACGACCCACAAGGAUUUGCCUCCUUCAAAUGGUUGUGACAAGUUCUUUUUCUUACAAAGGAACUCAGACAAAGGACGUCCAAUAAGCCUGAUCGUUCAUAGUAACAGGCAGAUUUUCCAGCGUUAUACCAGUUAUAUUGCGCUGGUUGGUCGAUGUAGGUUAAAUGAGGGUUUUUUGUCAUGAGUAGUCUUCCAUAACAACAACUUAUGAACCACCUGUGAUAAGACAAAAGGGUCAAAGGUCGUUCCUGAGACAGAAGAUUAGAAAACCGGUUUCCGGAUUCUUUGGCGUAAAUAUUCCCCACCCCACCUUCUCCACUUCCUGGACGAGAGUCAGGUCCAUUGCAAAUUGCUCAUUUUUGCCAGCCCAAGUGGACUGGAACAACGUGAAAUGAAGUGUCUAACUCAAGAAUACAAUGCAUCGCCCAGCCCAGGAAUCGAAACCGCAGUCAUACAAUCAUGUGUCCAACACCCUAACCACAAUGCACCUCCACAGUGAUAAUAAUAGAAAGGAAAAAAACAUUUCCACUUUUGUGCUGGGUGUAGAGUCGACUUUUUCUCUCUGGGGUCCUUCACUAUAAAAACUAUUAGUGGGUCCUUAAUUCAUUUAAAGUAACGUUUAAAAUAUUUGGUGAGGUUACUUUAUACAGGGACACCAUCUCAUUGGAUUAACCAUAGUUAAGUUAGCAUUCGUGUAUUUGAUAUAAUGAGUAUCAAAAUUUUAAUUAGAAAUGAUUAUGUGGAGAGGGAAGAAACAACAUAAACCCACAACCUUCUAUUUGUAUUUACUGAUAAUCUCGUUACUACUACAUGUACAGUGUAAUAUAUUCUUGGCUGGAGAGGGCUGAUAACACCGAAACAUACUGGUAGUAGUCUCCUGUAGAUGGCAAAAGGAUGAACAUAAUACUACGUAAUGAAAUAAUGUCCUUACUCAACCAUAUAAAAACUUUUUCAUUAGAUUUCUGAUACUCUAUUAACAAUUCUUUUCCCAUGCAGAUGACGUGUUUAAAAAAAUUAACGUUUCUGAUUUCAUUUCUUUAAAUAAGGUAAAUUUCCAUAUUUUCACAAAUAUAUAUAUACUUCGUGAUUCUAGUAUAAUUAUUUCUAUAAGAAUGUCGUUUAAAUUUGACGAUGUAACACCAGUCCAGAGUUGCCUUCCUUGUCUACAAAAACUUACUAACGACAAAUUUUAUCCAGAAUUUUUUUUUUUUUUGUAAGUAAUCAAUGAAAGCGUUAUAAUAAUUAUAAAUAAUUAUAUUUUAACAAUUAUAGAUAAUUGUAAAUAAUUAUAUAAUAAGUAUAAAUAAAAAUAGUUUUGAUUCCAACUGUAUUAUUUAAAAUCUUCAUUUGACAGAAGUAUUACUUGAAAUAUCCAUUUGACGCAAAUAAACCCUUAUCGCUGC